AUGAGCGCGCAUAUGAAGUUCAAUAUGACAGACAACUCACCAGCCGAAGUCGAUGUGGAUAAUAUUAUUGACCGUCUUCUGGAAGUGCGUGGAUCACGUCCAGGAAAACCCGUACAACUAGAGGAAUAUGAGAUCAAGUACCUCUGUCUGACAGCGCGUGAUAUCUUUAUCAAUCAGCCGAUUCUUCUUGAGCUUGAAGCGCCGAUCAAAAUUUGUGGCGAUAUACAUGGUCAGUACUACGACCUGCUCCGGUUGUUUGAGUAUGGCGGAUUUCCUCCUGAGGCCAACUACCUAUUCCUUGGCGACUACGUGGAUCGAGGCAAGCAAAGUCUAGAAACCAUAUGCUUGUUGCUAGCUUACAAGAUCAAGUACCCUGAAAACUUCUUUAUACUCCGAGGAAACCACGAGUGCGCUAGUAUCAAUCGCAUUUAUGGAUUCUAUGAUGAGUGCAAACGUCGCUUCAAUAUCAAGCUAUGGAAGACAUUCACAGAUUGCUUCAACUGUCUUCCGAUUGCGGCGAUUAUUGACGAGAAGAUCUUCACAAUGCAUGGUGGUUUGUCCCCCGAUCUCCAAAGCAUGGAACAGAUUCGACGUGUAAUGCGCCCGACGGAUGUGCCGGACACGGGUCUGCUGUGUGACCUGUUGUGGUCGGACCCCGAUAAGGACAUCUCAGGAUGGUCUGAAAAUGAUCGAGGAGUAUCGUUCACAUUCGGACCUGACGUUGUGUCUCGCUUCCUUGCAAAACACGAUAUGGACCUGAUCUGCCGUGCACAUCAGGUUGUGGAAGAUGGGUAUGAGUUCUUUGCGAAGCGCCAGCUUGUCACUCUGUUCUCGGCACCCAACUACUGUGGUGAAUUUGACAACGCAGGUGCCAUGAUGAGUGUGGAUGAAACGUUGCUUUGUUCAUUCCAAAUCCUGAAGCCAGCAGAGAAGAAGCAGAAAUAUGCUUAUGGAGGAAUCAACAUGGGCCGACCCGUGACACCGCCUCGCAAGCAGAAAAAGAAAGGCGAUCGUACUGUCUAA